GCGGAAACGGUGGGGGCGUGUCUCCGGGCAACCCCGCGUGUGGUUACCGGAGAAACGCGGGAAGUGGGGCCCUGGCGCGGUUCUCUCCACGCUUAAGGUUGUUUUAGUUCCUGCGCGAGCGGGUAGCCGGGCCGAGGCGUCUGGUGCGACGCCAUGGAAGUAGUGGAGGCCGCCGCUGCUCAGCUGGAGACUCUGAAAUUCGGCGGCCUCGGCUUCGGGGGUGGGCAAGGUGAGGCGGCGCCGUCCCCGGACACCGUUCCUGUCUCAGAGCCACCGCCGCCGCCGCCGCCGCCACCGUCGGAUGAGGGGGCCCCCGACACUGGGCAGGACGCGGAGGCUCAACUAGCCGGGGAGCAGCCGCCUGAACUCGCGCUGAGCACCGCCGUCGGCGGGCCCGAACCGCCUCCUGGAGGGACGUGCGUCACCGGCCCGGGCGCUGCGGAGCUGGUGCCGACGCCAGACUCCCUGGAGACCUCGGACUCGGAUUCGGACAGUGAAACAGAUUCAGAUAGUUCAAGCUCUUCCUCUUCCUCAUCAUCAUCCUCUUCUUCCUCUUCCUCUCGAAUAUUAGUUCCUCCAGUGCUGUCAGAUGGAGAAGACGAUAUACAAGUUGAGAAGGAAAAUAAGAAUUUUCCUCUUAUUAAAACAAAAGAUGAAUUACUUCUUAACGAACUACCUUCAGUUGAAGAACUCACUAUUAUUCUGCCUGAAGAUAUUGAGUUAAAGCCUCUUGGGAUGGUUUCAAGUAUUAUUGAACAACUAGUAAUAAUUGAAUCUAUGCCUAAACUACCUCCAGUUAAUGAGGAGACUGUAAUUUUUAAAAGCGAUCGGCAGACAGCAGGGAAGAUAUUUGAGAUAUUUGGACCUGUUGCACAUCCAUUUUAUGUAUUACGGUUUAAUUCUUCAGAACACAUUGAGAGUAAAGGUAUUAAAAUGAAGGACACUAUGUAUUUUGCUCCAUCAAUGAAAGACUUCACCCAAUAUGUAUUCACAGGAAAACAGGAGAAGGGAUCGGAUGCAUCAUGGGAAAAUGAUCAAGAACCACCACCAGAUGCCUUAGAUUUCAGUGAUGAUGAAAAGGAAAAAGAAGCCAAACACAGAAAAAAAAAUCGCAUUCAAGGCCGGAAAAAAUUUAAAUCUCAAUUUAAUGAGUCAGGUGAAGAUUUUGCAGAAGUACAUCAGAAUUGGAAUGCUCAUAGCUCUGCUUCAGAGCAUUCACAAGGAUAUCGCAACAGAGAAUUCACACAAGGAUUUUCCCAGGGUAGAUAUCCUCGACCUUGCCAUGGCAGGCCCCCACCUCCACAGUUUUAUAACUCAGAGCAUAUGGUACCUCAGGAGACUUCAGGAUUUCCACCUCAGAGACAAGAUAAUCUUAUGCCACAGUAUCCCUUUCCUCCUCCAGUGUUUGACAUGCAUAAUUUUUCACUCCCUCCUCCACUACCACCACCACCUCCACCUCCACCACCUGCAUUUGUAAACAUGGGUUGGCCUGCACCUAACAUGCCACCUCAUCCAUUAUUUCCCAUACCAUACUCCAUCCCUCCACCUCCUCCCCCUCCACCCUUGCCUCCGUCCUCCUCUUCUGGAGAUAGUAAUUCUCAUUUUGGAUCUUACUAUUAGGUAAAUAUGUGCAUUAACAGAGAAAUGUAUAGGUUUUUUUAUUUUAUAUGGGAAGGGAUUUUUUUUUUUUAAGAGAGAUGAUGGAUCUAGAUUUUUAAGACAUUGCGAAAAACUGAAUGUUUCCUUUAGUUGUAAGUUGAUAAAUAUUUAUAACCUUUGUGAAAUUGUAUCCAUAUGAAAAUUUCACUUUUGAUUUAUAAGGAAAAUUACAAUAUGUAAUAUUUAAUUAAAACUUUUAAUCCAUGCUUUUCCCAUCCCUGUCUAAAAAACAAUAUAUAUGGGUUUAAGAAUAGAUUCUGGAGCAACUUUCAUCAUGGAUGAAAAUAUACUGAACAUACUGAUUUUCUUGUUGGUAUAUCUGAAAAUAUGAUGUUGAAGUCUUAUUGAAAGCCUUUAAAAUAAACUAUUUUUAUAAAUUUA